AUGAACUUCCUAAACACCUGCGGUUUAAGACGCGGAAGAGUCUUUUGGAAAUAUUCAGUCGAUCGUGAUUCUCAAAUAAAUCUAUUUUAUUUGUUGAAGUUGAAUUCUAACAAGAAAGAAGAAACGUCUUUUUCGUCUCCAGAUAUUCAGAAAAUUGAAUAUCAGUUUCGUGUGCUUCCUCUUCAUACCAGCCUCCUUUUUUGGAAUCAGAUUCGUUUUCAAAAAGAUUAUCCUAAACUACACCGUGACUUUAAGCAUCCGAAUUUCGAUGAAUACAGAAAAGAAAAAUUCAAAGAUCUUAAGUAUACAAAAUGGCAUUCUGGUGAUGAAAAAUAUGGUUAUACGUACUUGGCUGGUUUUAUUGGUUUCCUUGGAGGAAUGUAUAGCUUAAAAUCGGAAUUAACACACUUUUUAUUGAGCAUGUCAGCACCCGCUGACGUUUUAGCUUUGGCUACUAUAGAAGUAGAUAUUAAGAAUAUCGCUCCGGGUAUGUGUUCUUCAUAUAAAUGGCGCGGUAAGCCACUCUUUAUUAAGCACAGAACGGAAAGUGAGAUGAAAGCAGAAGCUGAUACACCGAUGUCAGUUUUGAAAGAUCCCGAAAGUCCCGAGCAGCGUACAGUAAAGCCUGAGUGGCUAAUUGUUAUUGGAAUUUGUACACAUUUGGGUUGCGUUCCAAUUCCUAAUUCGGGUGAUUGGGCAGGUGGAUUUUAUUGUCCUUGUCACGGAAGCCACUACGAUAAUGUGGGCAGAGCAAGAAAAGGUCCUGCUCCUCUUAAUUUGGAAGUGCCCCCUUACAAAUUUUUAUCAGAUACUGUUGUUUUGGUUGGUUAA